AAUUUAGAAAAUAAGCAUUUAACUACAUCAUUUUAUAAUUGUGAGUUUAUAUUGAACAAUCAAAAGCUAAGUCGCAACAAAGCCAAUUACAUGGAUAUAUUUGAACACACAAGCAAAGAUUGUUGAUCAAUAAACAAUUUGUUAUACAGGCAAGGAGCCCAUUUUUUAAAAUUAAUAUUAUGGAAAUAACAAUGGACAGUUAUUAAUUUUGCUUUAUAAAUAAUAGAUUUGGUUAAAAAUAGAAAUCAGCAAUCACAAUCCAUAAAUACUUAACAGUCAAAUCAAAGUAACAUAAAUAUGACCCUAAAAACUCAAAUAACUUGAUAAAAAAUAUGACAAUGUUUGUUGCACUGGUAGUAUAAAAUAUCAGACUACAUAAGAUAAAAGAGUUUUUAACAAUAACAUGGUUUUUGUAUGUUAAUCUAUUGUUUUUUUUAUCUUCUCUAAAGUUUACAUUAUUAAUUUUGGUACAUUUUCAAUUAUCAACACUCAAUACAAAUGUUUGGCUACUUACUUAUAUCCGCACACUCGUCAGCUAAUUGUUCAGGAUGAGGGAUCAAUGAAUGAUCAGCAUACGAUAAGUUUCGUUAUCACUGUCCAGUGUCAAGUCCAGACGCUUUGAUAAAGAAGAGCGACGCCGCGAAUUUGCCAAUCAAACGGUGGAUAGAUAGCGCGGAAAACAGAAAUCAAUCAUUGGAAUAUCCAUCAGCUCAUGGCUGUGCUCAUGAUAUAGUCAAUAAUAUAUUAUAUUUUUUGUUAUUUUGCGGACGGGACGAAGAUCAAAUAGCGAUCGACGAAUAUUUAAAAGUGAAAUCUGCAGUGUGCUUUAUACAUAUUAUACUUUGUACGUUAUUUUCAUUAUGGUCUUUUUAUGCGGUCUGUACCGACAAAUGAUUUUGAAACAAAUACCUAUACAAUAAUUACCGAUGUCGAUAUGGAAUUACAAUAAUCCGCCGGCUGCUCGUGGAUUUUCUGCUUUUUUCACGCGUUCAAAAUGGGUUUUUUCUUUCGCAAAACCAUUGUAUUUUGACAAUGCACUAUUAUAUUAUAUUAUUAUAGACGUUGGUACCAGACACAAUACCGUCAUAAAUUCAGAUGAUCAGAUUAACAUCAACACAUCAUCAUAUUUUCCACAGUACGUAGAAUCGUCGUCAACAAGAAGGUUUAUAUUGUGGUUUAGUGCCUGUACGCGUUAUAAUAUAUCGACUACAAUCAAAAAACACCAUUUACCAACAGGUGCGUAUAUUAUUGUAUUACAAUAAUUUAUCCAUCAAAUCGUAACAAGGGAACAUAAACAAUGUUUUGGAUCAUCGGUGUAAUAUUAUUUGGCGUAUUGUAUGCUGUUCAUCUGUGGCAUUCCAACAGAAACUUACCCCCAGGACCUUGGGGUGUUCCGAUUUUCGGCUAUCUGCCGUGGUUAAAUCCUACCAAACCUUACGAAACGUUCACGGCGCUGGCUUGUAAGUAUGGGCCGAUUUACAGCAUUCAGAUGGGGAAACAUUUUGCAGUCGUUAUGUCGGACCCGACAAUGGUCAGAAUGGCAUUAGCACGGAACGAACUGGCAGAUCGCACCAACUUCGAAGUUAUCAACGAAAUAAUGCAAGAACAUGGUUUGAUAUUUGCACACGGACCUCUUUGGAAAGAACAACGAAAAUUUGUUUGCAAUUGGCUUAAGGUGAUCGGCGUAACCAAGUUCGGUGAUAAGAAAAAUAACUUACAAUUACUCAUUGCCGACGCUGUGUCUACUACGAUCUCGAAAUUACGGCAGUCGAAUAAUUCUCCGAUUGACACGGGAACAUUUUUUCUAGUACACAUAGGAGAUUUCAUAAAUCUCAUAGUGUUGGGUAAAGCGUGGCCAGAAGAUGACCCUAAUUGGAUUUAUUUACGAAAUUUGGCUGAAGACGGAUCCAAGAAGUUUUCCAUAGCUACUCCAUUGAGUGUUUUGCCAAUAUUGAAGGUGAUACCAAAAUACAGCAAUACUGUUUUUGAAGUAAUCGAGGGAGUUAAAAAUACGCAUCUCAUUUAUAAAACAUUGAUGGAGAAACGAGGCAACGAAAUCAAUGGAUGCGACGAUCUGAUGGCCAUGUUUAUGAAAGAAAUGACGAAGAGAACAAAUGACAAGGUUUCCCAUUACUUUACCGAAAAACAAUGUUGUUUUCUUCUGUCUGAUCUUUUUGGCGCUGGUGUCGAAACCACCGUGAAUACCCUGAGAUGGUUUCUUCUUUAUAUGGCUUUACACCAAGAAAUACAGAACGACUUACAGACAUUACUGGAUUCUGUGUUUACCGAUGGCGGCAUAAUAGAUUUAGAGCAUAUAGAAAACAUUCCAUUGCUAAAAGCUUGUGUGGCCGAAACGAUGCGAUUACGGCCGGUAGCUCCAUCUGGAAUACCUCGGUCAGUCAACAGCGAAAUUACGAUUUCGGGAUACCGCAUACCAAAAGGGACCAUGAUUUUACCGCUGCAGUGGGCGAUGCACCACGACGAAAAGUAUUGGACGGACCCGCAGACAUUUCAACCGAAAAGAUUUUUGGACGACGAAGGAAAUAUGAUAAACAACAAAGCUUUCAUGCCAUUUCAAGCCGGUAAAAGAGCUUGUGUUGGAGAUACGCUUUCCUACUGGAUACUCUAUUUAUUCGGUGCAAAUAUAAUUCAUAAUUUCAAUGUUUCUACGGAACCCGGUCUAUCCGAAAAAGAAAUCGACACCAUCAUGGACGGAGUGUUUGGCAUAACACUCAGUCCGGCUACGCAUAACAUUGUUUUUAAAUCUCGAGUUUAAGAUGAAUCGGCUUACUGCAAUUUGUUUUUCGACUGAUUAAAAUUAUCUUUAAAUAAAUAUAAACGUACAACAAUAUUGUCUAAUGAAAUGAUGUCUAAUCUACUAGACAUUUUGGAUAUAACCCAUCUACAUAUGAGUUUGAUGAUCGCCAAAUU